UGCUUGGAGUAGAAUGAUGGAUUGGCAGAAAGUGAAGCCAUACGUGUGUGUAAUAAUCGUACAAUUUGCUAACGCAGGUUUUACCGUAGUCGCCAAAGCUGCUCUAAACCAAGGAAGCAGCCAUUUCACAUUUUCAGUCUACAGAAACGCUUUCGCAGCGGCUAUCUUCAUUCCUUUAGCCUUCUUUCUAGAAAGGAAAACCAGGCCAACAACAAUUACUCUCUCCACAUUCAUCAAGAUCUUUCUACUUGGCAUAAUUGACCCGGUAAUCGGUCAGAACACCUUCUACGCCGGCCUCAAAUACUCAUCACCUACAUUCACCUCAGCCAUAUGUAAUCUUCGGCCUGCUAUGAUUUUUCUACUUGCUUGGAUUUUGGGGAUUGAGAAGGUGAAGUGGAAAGAAAUUGGCAGUCAUGCGAAGAUUGUGGGAACGUUGAUCACUUUAGUCGGAGCGAUGAUGGUGACCUUCAUAAGAGGGCGUGCCAUAGAGUUGCCGUGGACGCAUAAGUCCAACCAUGCUGCCACUAGAAACGCUGGCGAAGAUCCGAUAAAAGGAGCUGUGUUGAUCACAACCAGCUGUUUAUGCUACUCCGCCUUCUACAUUCUUCAGGCAAUCACAUUGAAGGUGUAUCCAGCCGGACUUUCCCUCACAGCGGCCACCUGCACGAUCGGAGCAGUGGUCGGAACUGCGCUCACUUUGGUUGUAGAGAAGGGAAAUACCGCCAUUUGGGCUUUGGGAUGGGACGCUAAGCUCUUGGCUUAUGUUUAUGGUGGAAUAUUAAAUUCUGGAAUGAGUUUUUAUCUUGCUGGAGUGGUGAUAAAUGCUAAAGGGCCAGUUUUCCUGACAGCAUUCAAUCCUUUGAACUUGAUCAUCGUCGCAAUUUUGAGUUCUUUCAUUUUUGCCGAGCAAAUGAGAGUUGGAAUGGCUAGUGGAGCUGUGGUGACUAUUGUUGGGUUGUACAUGGUGAUAUGGGGUAAAACAAAGGAUCCUAAAGAGGCAGAAAAGAUUCAGCUGCCACAGUUACACAAUAAAUCAUCAUCAAGCUUCAAGGCCUCACCAACAUCAUCCCCUAAUGUUGUUUAGUGAUAAUUAUUAGUAUAAUGCUCAUAUCUCUAUUUAAUAUGGAGUAUAAUAUAACAAGUGCAACACUAGUGUUACGUUGAUUCAUAACUAGUGGGGUGUUUCAUGGCAGAGAAUGCAUGGAAUUAUUAAUGGAUGAGAUCAAUUUCUUUA